AAGACAUAUACAUUGACACAUACAAAGCAAAAGGAGAGAGAGAGAGAGAGAGAGAGAGAAGAAAAAAAAAGCAGAGAGAGAGAGAGAGAGAGAGAGAGAGAGAGAUUGGUGGUGUUGGUGAGGAGGAGAAAAAGAGAAUGCAGCAGCAUCUCAUGCAGAUGAACCAGAACAUGAUGGGGGGCUAUGCUUCCCCUACCACUGUCACCACUGAUCUCAUCCAGCAGUACUUAGAUCAGAACAAACAGUUGAUUCUCGCCAUUCUUGAUAACCAGAACACUGGGAAAGUGGAGGAGUGUGCUCGAAAUCAAGCUAAGCUUCAACAUAACCUCAUGUAUCUCGCCGCCAUUGCUGACAGUCAACCUCCUCAAGCAUCAGCCAUGGCUCAGCCCGGGACGUACGUUGCAGCUGGGAGCUCGAGCAUAACUUCACCGGCAGCGGAGGUCGAGCACAACUUCACUGGUACGGGGGCCGCCGCGCACAGGAAAGAUCCACUGAUCUUCUCCACCAUGAACCCUAAGCCCGGGACUUACGUUGCAGCUGGGAGCUCGAGCAUAACUUCACCGGCAGCGGAGAUCGAGCACAACUUCACUGGCACGGGGGCCGCCGUGUACAGGAAAGAUCCACCGAUCUUCUCCACCAUGAAUCCUAAGCCGGGGACUUACGUUGCGCUGGGAGUUGGAGCAUAACUUCACCGGCACAGGAGAUCGAGCACAAUUUCACUAUCAUUGGGGCCGCCGCGCACAGGAAAGAUCCACCGAUCUUCUACACCAUGAACCCUAAGUCGGGAACUUACAUUGCAUCUGGGAGCUCGGGAAUAACUUCGCUGGCACUGUGGCUCUAGCAUAACUUCACCGGCAUUGCAGUGGCCGCCUCCGCUGAGAUGAAUGCUAAGCUGGGAGCUAACGGCGACCCCAACUUCAUUGGCAUGGCAGCCGCCUCCAUCAAGAUGAACACUAAGGUGGUACUGGAGAAAUCCAACGAACAUCUCUUAUCGAUGGAUGGAGAUGGAGGGUUUGCUUUCGUCCAAUGGGUACGUGAUGUUUGCACCCAAAGAAUGGACGACCUACAUAAUUUCUUCAAAAAGAAAGGCAACUUUUGACUGGAGGGAUGCUAGA